GUGUUCGCUGCGGGCCAAAAUGGCGGCGGUGGUGAGGCGAUGGCGGGAGCUCGGGAGGUGUGGAUUCCGAGGCUCCAGGUCCUUCAGCAGUUCCGGUUAUCCUGCAGUGCCACUGUCUGCCCCGCUCCCCAAUCUCCCGAUACCCAUCUUCGCCACAGUCAGUGGACAGCACAAGUAUGAGACCCGGAUCACAGUGCUGGAGAAUGGGCUGCGAGUCGCCUCCCAGGACAAAUUUGGACAAUUCUGCACAGUCGGAGUUUUAGCAAACGCAGGAUCGAGACAUGAGGCAAAAUAUCCAAGCGGAAUCUCCCACUUUAUAGAAAAACUGGCGUUUUCAUCCACUGCACAGUUUGGCUCAAAAGAUGAGAUCCUGCACACACUGGAGAAACAUGGGGGGAUCUGCGAUUGCCAGUCAUCAAGGGACACUACGAUGUUUGCAGUUUCUGCCGAGGUGAAGGGUUUGGAGACGAUGGUUAACCUCCUGGCUGAUGUGGUCCUUCAACCGAGAUUAACAGAUGAGGAGUUGGAGAUGGUGCGGCUGUCGGUGCGUUUUGAGCUGGAAGAUUUACAGAUGCGACCGGACCCUGAGCCCCUCCUGACUGAGAUGGUUCAUGCGGCAGCUUACCGGGACAAUACAGUGGGGCUGCCCCGGCUCUGUCCCGUGGAGAACGUGGAGAAGAUUGAUCAGAAGCUGCUUCACUCCUUCCUGAGGAAUUACUACACGGCAGACCGGCUGGUGCUGGCUGGGGUCGGGGUCGAUCACGAUCAACUGGUGCAAUAUGCCAAGAAAUACCUCCAGGGUUAUACCCCAGUAUGGGGGUCCGGAAAACCCACUGAUGUUGACAGGUCAAUCUCCCAGUACACAGGGGGAAUCGUGAAGGUGGAGAAGGACAUGACGGAUGUUAGCCUGGGACCCACGCCCAUCCCCGAGCUGACCCACAUCAUGAUUGGGCUUGAAAGCUGCUCCUUCCUGGAGGACGAUUUCAUUCCCUUCGCUGUGCUGAACAUGAUGAUGGGUGGUGGCGGCUCCUUCUCAGCCGGGGGUCCGGGGAAGGGAAUGUUCACCAGACUCUACCUCAAUGUCUUAAACAGACACCACUGGAUGUACAAUGCCACAGCCUAUCACCAUAGCUAUGAGGACACUGGCCUCCUGUGUAUACAUGCGAGUGCUGAUCCAAGACAGGUCAGGGAGAUGGUGGAAAUUAUCACUCGGGAAUUCAUUAUGAUGACCGGCUCGGUAGGCGAGAUGGAGCUGGAACGAGCGAAGACCCAGCUGAAGUCGAUGCUGAUGAUGAACCUGGAGUCACGGCCAGUUAUAUUCGAGGAUGUUGGGCGGCAGGUUCUUGCGACAGGGAGCCGUAAACUGCCCCAGGAGCUGUGUACGCUGAUCGGUGAGGUAAGCGCAGACGACAUCAAGAGGGUCACAAUGAAAAUGUUACGCAGCAAGCCAGCUGUGGCGGCCCUGGGAGACCUCAGUGAUUUGCCAACGUAUGAGCACAUCCAGCACGCACUGACCAGCAAGGACGGUCGCCUCCCCCGCAUCUAUCGGCUGUUCCGGUGAGUGGGACCUGCUCCCGGUCCCCAGCUGAUGAACAAACACACUACACCUUGAAGCUGUGCAUCUGUGAGCUGCUUGAGGUGGACAGAGAGGGGUAAUUGUGUGUAAUUGGACUGGGCUGGGAGGGGGGACAGAACACAGUGUGGGUGAAAAGUGGUCUAAUGUACUUGAUUUUAUAUCAAGAUAGCAAGAUCAAACCUGCUUUGAAAUGCUUGGAUGUGUCUUUACUUUGUGAUGCUGCUAGUCACCAGCUGCUGGACUGAGAUCGUUCUGUGGUAAUGCACAAUACUAUUCUGUCCAGUUGUAUAAAUUUUUAUUGUACUAAU